AUGCCCCCUUUGUCAAAUUUGGACUUCAAAUUGUACCAGAAUUCUGGGGAUAUCAACUCCCAGUGGGACCAUUUCGUUGGUCGUCGGUGGUUCUAUGACACCCUGCCCACCAUUAGCAAUGGCGACACGAUCGGCAAAUCUUGUGACUUCUGGAACAGGUUUGAGGAGGACCUUGCCCUUGCGCGUGACAUCGGUAGCAAUUCUUUUCGAUUCUCCAUCGAGUGGAGCAAGCUUGAGCCUAGGCAAGGGGAGAUCGACCGGCAGUCCGUUGCGCGCUACCAUCAGAUCAUCAGCUGCAUCAAAAGGAAUGGAUUGGAGCCGUUGGCAACGCUGCACCAUUUUGUGCAUCCCCAGUGGUUUGAGGAACUGGGGGCUUUCGAGAAGGAGGAGAACGUCGGCCUUUUCUUGGACUACGUUCGCCUGGCUUACAAGGAGUUUGGCCCAGCUAUUACUCAUUGGUGCACCUUCAACGAGCCAGGGGUGUACACCUUCUCGGGGUACUGCAUGGGCAGCUUCCCUCCCGGCAAGCACUUCCACUUUGGGCUGGCCGGCCGCGUGCUCAAGAACCUCAUGAUCUGCCACACCGAGGCCUACAAGCUCAUCAAGAGCAUGCCAGGCGGCGAGGCGGCGCAGGUGGGCAUAGUGCACAACUACAUGCCGUUCGAGGCGCGAGCGGGCAAGUGGUGGCUGCUGAUCUGGUGGAACCGCGCGCUGGCAGCGCUGUGCAACCACACCUGGGGCAACGACACCAUCCUGGACUUCCUGGGCACCGGGCAGCUCAACUGGCGGCCCCUGGGCCCCAUCGGCCGCGUCAGCUACUCCUGCCCAGAUGGCCGGCCGCCUCUCGACUGGGUCGGCCUCAAUUACUACUCCAGGGUGGUGCUUGAUUGGAAGCUGACACCGACGGUGUAUGCGUAUGAGAAGGAGAGCGACCUCCACCAGUCCAUACACCCAGAGGGCUUCUAUGAUGCCAUGCGGAAAUUUGCGCGCCUGAAGCGGCCGGUGUACAUCACAGAAACGGGCAUCGCCGACAAGUCGGACAAGCUCAGGGCGGAGUGGGGUGAGGCUUACUUCAGGGCGGUGAGCUAUUCUUCAGCCUUCACCCAAUAA